CGCAAUGAAUCAAAAAGCGCAGCAAGAACCAGAUCAUUUGAUAUCAUUACUAACCACCACACAGCAAGCUGCACCGCCAAGACGAUCUGGCACACUUCGGGGCCGUCGCGACGUUCGCAACACUGUAUUUGUGCCCAACCCGGCAACACCUGAACUGACCAGCAUCGGAGAGUUACCUCCCAUUCCAUCUGCAGGGUCCGGGGCACCAUCAUUCAACACACCAGCUAUCCCUCCACAGCCACCUUCACCAGCUUUUAAGUUAACACACAGGAAUCUAGUAUCAGAGGAUCAUACAGCAUCUGACACACAAUCCAUCCGCUCCGGUCGGUCUCUCAGCAGCUCCACAAGCGCCACGAUCAAACACCCGGAGAUGCACGAUCCGGGUCUCAAUUCAUCGAUAGCAGAGACAGUAAGCACUUGGUUUGAGCAAGGAAACGUCACAAAAGCUUUGGUGAUUGGGCAAAUUGCGCUGGCAUUCAACCCAGUGGAUAUCGCCGCCGGCCCUUUUGGCACCGAGACCAUCCGAUUGGAAAACUUCCCUGUUUUGGAGAAGGUGGCCCCAAACCCUGCAUUCGUUGAGCAGAUUGCGGACAACCCGGGGAAUUAUAGGGUUGAUCUGUCCAAGAUCACCAAGACGUCAGUGGCCUUCCAUUACCAAAUACAUUUGGAGCCCGAAAACCUGGCUUCGUUCGCACCCAUCUUGCUAUCACCGCUAUGGAAAACGGAGGCUUCACAAACCUCGGUCAUUCUUAACUAUGGACUAAACCCCAAAUACAAUCUGGGAGAAGCCACGAGCGUGACGGUUCAGAAUGUGAUCUUGCUUCUGCGACUUGAACCGGGGUCCAAAACGACAUCGUGCCAAUCCAAGCCAAGCGGGUCGUUCAGCAAGGACAAGGCACACAUCUAUUGGCGAUUGGGAGACGUGACGUUCACUCGCGACCAGCCGCCGCAAACCAUGCGUGUCCGGUUCUUCACGGAGGGCGAGGCCAAACCGGGGAACUGCGAGGCAAGGUGGGAGAUCACGGGGGACCAGGCACUGCGAACCGGAAGCGGGCUCGGCGUUAGCCAGCGUGCUCCGGCCACCGAGAAGCUGGAAGCGGAUCCUUUUGCGGAUGCAGACGAGAAUGCACCUCCAACCACCCCAGCAUGGAAGGAGGUGGUGAGUGUGAAGCGCAUCACCAGUGGGACGUACAUUGGGGUGUAG